AUCAGGGUAGGUAUAGUUGGGGGGAAACUAUCAGGAGGUAUAUUUGGGGGGGCUGGGGGGAGGUAUAUUUGGGGGAGGUCUCUCAGGGGAGCUGGGGGAUGGAUUUAAAGAAAAGCAUCAUCAUCAUCAUCAUCAUUAGUAGUGCAGCCUUGGUUCCAGCAAUAUGAAGGAUGGAAGAGGACGAGGUGACAAUCUGGGAGCAAAACUUUCACAGCCAAGUUAGAGAAUGCAUUAUCUGCUUCCUAAUGUUUGCUAUUCUAUACAUUAUGUCCUUCUUUAUCAUUACACGGUACAAAAGAAAAGCAGAUGAGCAGGAGGAUGAAGAUGCUACCGUCAAUCGCAUUUCGCUUUUCCUGAGCACCUUCACCCUCGCAGUCUCAGCUGGAGCAGUCCUCCUCCUUCCUUUCUCCAUCAUCAGCAAUGAAAUCCUCCUGUCGUUCCCCAAAAGCUACUAUAUCCAGUGGUUAAAUGGAUCUCUGAUCCACGGUUUGUGGAAUCUCGUGUCCCUUUUCUCCAAUCUGUGCCUAUUUGUACUGAUGCCAUUUGCAUUUUUCUUUUUGGAAUCUGAAGGCUUCGCUGGGCUAAAAAAGGGUAUCCAAGCUCGGAUCUUGGAAACAAUCGUCAUGCUAAUUCUAGUUGCUCUCCUCCUUUUCGGCAUUGUAUGGGUGGCAUCGGCCUUGAUUGACAACAGUUCUGCCAGCAUGGAGUCUUUAUAUGACCUCUGGGAAUUUUAUCUCCCCUACCUAUACUCUUGUAUUUCUUUAAUGGGAUGCCUGUUAUUACUCUUGUGCACUCCUGUGGGUCUUUCUCGAAUGUUUGCGGUAAUGGGGCAACUCUUAGUGAAACCAACGAUCCUUGAAGAUCUCGAUGAACAAAUCUAUAUCAUUCAUUUACAGGAGGAAGCUCUGCAACGGAAACUAAAUGGAGGAAGUUCGGCUUCAGAUUACAAUGCAAAGAAGAUUGAAUAUGACCUUUUGAAUGCCAAGACCAUGAAGUCAAACCUAGAAAGACGCAAGAAAGCUUCCUCAUGGGAGAAGAAUUUAGUCUAUCCAGCAGUAAUGAUUGUCCUCCUUAUUGCAACGUCCUUCUCGGUCAUUUUGGUUUCCUGCAACAUUCUACGUUUACUAGUAGAUGAGACCGCAAUGCCCAAAGGCUCCAAGGGUACAGGUAUUGGCGACGCGUCCCUCUUCACGUUUGGAUUUGCAGGGGCUGCAUUAGAAAUAAUUUUAAUAUUCUAUCUCAUGGUUUCCUCUGUCGUCGGCUUCUAUAGCCUUCGCUUUUUUGGAAGUCUAGCUCCCAGGAAAGAUGACACAACGAUGACAAAGAUCAUCGGGAAUUGCGUUUCAAUUCUAGUUCUUAGCUCCGCUUUGCCAGUCAUGUCAAGAACAUUAGGGAUCACAAGAUUUGAUCUACUGGGAGAUUUUGGAAGAUUCAAUUGGCUGGGGAACUUUUACAUUGUUGUCGCAUACAAUUUGUUGUUUGCUAUUGUGACAACAUUGUGCUUGGUCCGUAAAUUUACAUCAGCUGUUCGGGAAGAGCUUCUAAAGGCAAUUGGUUUAGAUAAACUUCAGUUGUCGAGUGAAGCUACGGAUUCCUCUUCUACCAAUGGCCAUCAGAAAACACUGUGACCAUGUGUCUGAGAAUUGAAGAUGGUGACGUUUUGUUUACUCGGUUCCUUUUUAUAACAAAGUUCAUUACAAUACGUGCACAGAAUUAUAGUCUUAAGUGUGAGUUACAAUGGAGGGGGGAGGGCAGUACAGAUCACUCAUUUUUGCUUUGCAUUAUUAUAAUUUAUAAAUAUUGAACACUUUAGGUGUCAGGUUAAAAGGAAACAUUUACAUCAUUGCUAUCAAGAAGUUUAAGAUUUUAGAAAUAUAUAUUGCUUAAUGUUACAGAUUGUGACUGUUUACUGUUUAUCAUCUAUUGAUUUAAAUAACCUAGUCUGACAGCAUGGCAGUCACGUAGGGGUUUAUUCACAGAACAACCCAAACGAGUGGUAUUAAUUCAACAACACAAACUCUAUUGGCACUAUUUUUGUAUUUAUUUUUUUGCUUUGAAUGUGUAAUCAAAAAGGGAGCGGAGAGUAAAAUUAAAAACAAACCGUGUAUCAUACUGUGUCACCUAGCAUUCACUGAGUGGAUGUAAGUGCACUAACAUUGUACAGAGCUACCAACGCUGCUCUGUUCUGUGCAUGUUAAUAAAAGGAGAGGCACAUAUAACAUUUUUAUAUUUGUUAAGAUAUGAAACAUAUUUCCACUAUUUUCUGUGUUCUUUUCACACCAUAUCUGCUUCAGUUAGAAGAUAUCGCUGCCCUAGUAAACGCCUCUCCUAUUUAUGUACAUUAGUUAUUUUAACCCCUUAAGGACACAUGACACAUUUAAGGGGUUAAAGCAGAACUGAUCUUGCUUUGUACUAUUUGAGUGAACAUUCAGAACCUCUUAGAUGGAUAACUGUUCGUAAGUAGCAGUUUGGUUUUUACGGAUUUUUUUACACUUUGUUGUUCUGAUGACUUACACAUUGAAAAAAAAAAAAAAAAGAAACCAUUAGAAUUAAUUUGCGUUUUUUUUAAAUUAAUAUUUGUAUAUUCUCCACUCAUUUUUUUCCCUUUCUUCAGCUAGACCUGUGGUUUAAGGCAUACAAACAUGUAUGUUGUUGCAAAUGCAAUAUAUUCCAUAUGAUAAAUUAUUAAUUCAUUAGACGUCCUGUUUUUUUCCCCAUCUCUUAUUAUUCACUAAGCACUGUGUUCUAGGUUAAUUAUUACCUAAAGCUGAGAGUUUGGUUCAUCUGGAGUGCUAUACACUCAGACAUGCGUUAAAGAAUUAGUUCUCUGAGUGCACAUCCUGAGGGUUGUCCAGUGCAUCUCAAAGCUGCUCUGGUUCCCCUGUGUAUUGAGUCCCCGUUGAAUUCUGUUGGAAACUCUACCCUUGAAUUCAAUAUUACAAUACCAUUUCAUAUUGAUCUACAUUAAGUUCAGACUCCGGGGUAGGCAUGGAGAACAUUUUUUUCUUCUUCAAACAGUAAAGAAAAUGGUUACAUCCAUUGGAUACCAUCAAUUACAGUAAAUUAAUGUCAAGAGCCCAGCAGUGAUAGUAGUGUUAUCAAGUUUGGAUUUGUGUUCCUCCUCACCAUUCCAUCUUUAUUAUAACUCUACAUUCCGCUACUAGGAAACCAGCUUUGUCUGGCAUUCUGCUAUAACAUGGAUUCCCAACAUGCUGCUGCAACAUUGCUUUAAUUGCUCGAUCUGUAUUUGUGUGUUCAUUUAAAUCUCUCACCAAAAAUACAUGGGCAUUUCAACAAGCAACUAGCAUCACAAUAUCAAGAAGAACUUAUUGACCAUCUUUGUAAUUUCCUCAAAGACCAAACAUGCUCAUUGCACAUAUUUAUACCCCACCACUUUGUGCUGGAAGGAACAGCGGGCUCUGACGCAGUGUGCGCUUGCCUGACCCUUAAAGUAACAUUGCCCUUUUAAUUUGGAUAUGUCUGCAAUCGUGAUCAGACUGUGUUUCUGGUACUGGACAGAUCUAUCCCGUACUACCUUGUAUCCAUAUCAUUUCACAGUGGCUGCUCCCUAGCACUAAUGAAGGAGUAGGUCAAAUAUGUUCACUUUAGACUGGCCAGGCUCUGCAAUUACUUCAGAAAUAAAUUUUUUCCAUAAAGCACAGCUGGAGUUCACAACAUCUGGAGUGCGAAAGCGAACAGUUACUGAGA